AGAGGACAAGUCGUACAAUGGUGGAGGACUAGGUUCUUCAUACAGGAUGAUGGACUUCUUGGAGGAGCCAAUCCCUGGCGUGGGGACCUAUGAUGAUUUUAAUACAAUUGACUGGGUGAGAGAGAAGUCUCGAGACCGGGAUAGGCACCGAGAGAUUACCAAUAAAAGCAAAGAGUCAACAUGGGCCUUAAUUCACAGUGUGAGCGAUGCUUUUUCUGGCUGGUUGCUGAUGCUACUUAUUGGGCUGUUAUCAGGUUCCCUAGCUGGCUUGAUUGACAUCUCUGCUCACUGGAUGACAGACUUAAAAGAAGGUAUAUGCACAGAGGGACUCUGGUUUAACCAUGAACACUGCUGCUGGAACUCCAAGCACGUCACCUUUAAAGACAGAGAUAAAUGCCCUGAGUGGAAUAGCUGGUCCCAGCUUAUCAUCAGCGCAGAUGAGGGCGCCUUUGCCUACAUAGUCAAUUAUUUCAUGUACGUCCUCUGGGCUCUCCUGUUUGCCUUCCUCGCUGUGUCUCUUGUCAAGGUCUUCGCCCCUUAUGCCUGCGGCUCCGGAAUCCCUGAGAUUAAAACGAUCCUGAGUGGUUUUAUUAUUAGGGGCUAUUUGGGUAAGUGGACCCUGAUUAUCAAAACCAUCACGUUGGUACUGGCAGUGUCAUCUGGCUUGAGCCUGGGCAAAGAGGGCCCCCUAGUGCACGUGGCUUGCUGCUGUGGGAACAUCCUGUGCCACUGCUUCAACAAAUACCGGAAGAAUGAAGCCAAGCGCAGAGAGGUCUUGUCAGCUGCUGCCGCAGCCGGUGUGUCUGUGGCCUUCGGGGCACCUAUCGGCGGAGUAUUAUUCAGCCUGGAAGAGGUCAGCUACUACUUUCCCCUCAAAACACUGUGGCGUUCGUUUUUUGCGGCCUUAGUGGCCGCGUUUACCCUUCGCUCCAUCAACCCAUUUGGCAACAGCCGCCUGGUUCUGUUCUAUGUGGAGUUUCACACCCCGUGGCAUCUCUUUGAGCUCGUGCCCUUCAUCCUGCUGGGCAUCUUUGGCGGCCUGUGGGGAGCCCUGUUUAUCCGCACCAACAUCGCCUGGUGUCGGAAGCGGAAGACCACCCAGUUGGGCAAGUAUCCGGUCAUAGAGGUGCUCGUCGUGACAGCCAUCACCGCCAUCCUGGCUUUCCCCAAUGAGUACACCCGCAUGAGCACAAGCGAGCUCAUUUCCGAGCUGUUCAAUGACUGUGGCCUUCUGGACUCCUCCAAGCUCUGCGAUUAUGAGAACCGUUUCAACACAAGCAAGGCUGCUGAGCUUCCCGACAGGCCGGCUGGUGCGGGCGUCUACAGUGCGAUGUGGCAGCUGGCCUUGACCCUCAUCCUGAAAAUCGUCAUCACUAUAUUCACCUUUGGCAUGAAGAUCCCCUCUGGCCUCUUUAUCCCUAGCAUGGCUGUUGGUGCUAUAGCGGGUCGGCUUUUGGGAGUAGGGAUGGAACAGCUGGCUUAUUACCACCAUGACUGGGCCAUCUUCAAUAGCUGGUGCAGUCAAGGAGCGGACUGUAUCACCCCUGGCCUUUAUGCCAUGGUUGGGGCUGCAGCCUGCUUGGGUGGGGUGACUCGGAUGACUGUUUCUCUUGUUGUCAUAAUGUUUGAACUGACUGGUGGCCUGGAAUACAUUGUGCCUCUGAUGGCAGCAGCCAUGACAAGCAAGUGGGUGGCAGACGCUCUCGGGCGGGAGGGCAUCUAUGAUGCCCACAUUCGUCUCAAUGGAUACCCCUUUCUUGAAGCCAAAGAAGAGUUUGCUCAUAAGACCCUGGCAAUGGACGUGAUGAAACCCCGGAGAAACGAUCCUUCGUUGACUGUACUCACUCAGGACAGUAUGACCGUGGAAGAUGUAGAGACCAUUAUCAGUGAAACCACUUACAGUGGCUUCCCAGUGGUGGUAUCGCGGGAGUCCCAAAGACUUGUGGGUUUUGUCCUCCGAAGAGAUCUCAUUAUUUCAAUUGAAAAUGCCCGAAAAAAACAGGAUGGAGUUGUGAGCACGUCCAUCAUUUAUUUCACCGAGCAUUCUCCUCCAAUGCCCCCAUACACGCCGCCUACCCUCAAGCUUCGGAACAUCCUGGACCUCAGCCCCUUCACUGUGACCGACCUGACACCCAUGGAGAUCGUGGUGGAUAUCUUCCGCAAGCUGGGCCUGCGCCAGUGCCUGGUUACGCACAAUGGGCGAUUGCUUGGAAUCAUUACCAAAAAGGAUGUGCUGAAGCACAUAGCACAGAUGGCCAACCAAGAUCCCGAUUCCAUUCUCUUCAACUAG